AGAGGGCGCGGCUUGUCCAGACGUUCUCUGUCCUGACGACGACGACGAUGUCGCCGAAGUUGAUAUUCCUGCUGGGAUCCCUGUGUCUACUUGCCGGCACACAGGUCAGAGCGCAAGAUGAGGAAGGCGGUGACGGGAUUGACGCAAACGCCGAAGAACUUUGUCAGGACAGGCCGGGCGAUGAAUACUUUCGCUUGAGCGUGGAAGGAGAUUGUCGUGAUGUCGUGAGGUGCGACAAAGCCAGCGAGAUCGGCGUGACCAGGCUGGCGACGGUGCGGUGCCCCACGGGUCUCGCGUUCGACAUCGAGCGGCAGACCUGCGACUGGAAGACAAACGUCAAGAACUGCGAUCAGCUCGAGAAACCACGUAAGGUACUGCCCAUCCUUAAGACCGACGAACCCGUUUGUCCGGAGGGAAAAUUGUCGUGCGGUAAUGGCGAAUGCGUCGACAAGGAGCUCUUCUGUAAUGGCAAACCCGACUGCAAGGACGAGUCCGAUGAGAACGCUUGCACCGUGGAAACUGAUCCAAACCGUGCCCCGGAUUGCGAUCCUACACAAUGUGUACUGCCUGAUUGUUACUGUUCGGCUGAUGGCACCCGAAUACCUGGCAACAUCGAUCCUCAACAAGUGCCGCAGAUGAUCACGAUCACUUUCAACGGCGCUGUAAACGUAGACAACAUCGAUCUCUACGAGGAGAUUUUCAAUGGGCAACGUCAAAAUCCGAAUGGCUGCCAGAUUCGCGGCACGUUCUUCGUCUCUCACAAGUACACCAACUACUCGGCGGUGCAGGAUCUUCAUCGACGCGGCCACGAGAUCGCUGUGUUCUCGUUGACGCAUAAGGAAGAUCCGCAAUACUGGAGCCAGGGCACGUACGACGAUUGGUUGGCAGAGAUGGCCGGCGCCAGGCUGAUCAUCGAGCGUUUCGCCAAUAUCACCGACGGCUCCAUCAUCGGCGUGCGCGCCCCUUACCUCAGAGUCGGUGGUAACAAGCAGUUCGAGAUGAUGGCCGAUCAGUUCUUCGUGUACGACGCCUCCAUCACCGCGUCUCUCGGACGUGUGCCAAUUUGGCCGUACACCUUGUACUUUAGAAUGCCCCAUAGAUGCAACGGCAACGGUGGCAACUGCCCGUCGAGAUCGCACCCAGUCUGGGAGAUGGUCAUGAACGAGCUGGACCGCAGGGACGAUCCAACCUUCGACGAGUCUCUGCCGGGUUGUCACAUGGUCGACUCUUGCUCCAACAUCCAGACCGGCGAGCAGUUCGCUCGUUUGCUCAGACACAACUUCAACAGGCACUUCAACAGCAACCGGGCACCACUCGGUUUGCACUUCCACGCGUCCUGGCUGAAGAGCAAGAAAGAAUACAAGGACGAAUUGAUCAAGUUCAUCGAAGAGAUGAUCGCCAGGAGCGACGUGUACUUCGUCACCAUGGUUCAGGUGAUCAAGUGGAUGCAACAACCCACUGAACUCUCCGCGCUCAGAGACUUCCAGGACUGGAAGGAGACCUGUGACGAAAAGGGUUUACCCUAUUGCUCAUUGCCUAACGCUUGCCCUCUGACGACCAGGGAGCUGCCCGGCGAGACCCUGCGUCUCUUCACCUGCAUGGAGUGUCCCAACAACUACCCAUGGCUGUUGGACCCGACCGGCGACGGCUUCUCGGCAAGAAAGUGAUCUGUUAUCCGCGAAAUGAGUGACGCGCCGACGCGUCGAUCGGCCGCAUGAUCCGGUUAUCAGAGAUCGAUUGUUUUCCGGCGAUCAUGAUAAAAAAUCGAUAAUCGAGCGAUAAGCGAGCCGAAGAACGAGGGCGCAGCUCUGAGAGACACGGAGAAAGCAAAUCGGGCGACAGGCGCGAGAUUUCGGACGAGAUCUCGGAAUCGCCUUGUCGCGAUUAGAAAGCGUCAUCUUGGCCGCUUGAAAAUCCCGUAACACUAAUAUUAAAGUGGAGCGAAGCGUCGCUGCUUUCGCAAAUGAAAACACACAUCGCACCGCGCCCGGUUUCUCUUCUGCGACACGAUUAUUACUAUUAUCAUUAUUAUUUAUGUAAAUUAAGAUCGGUGAAAUGCACAUCGCUGCAUGAGAUUGCGAGGACGGUCGCGUAUCGAUUUCUCGUGGGAAAUGCCAUCAAUGCGCACAAAUGCCGACAAAACUCGCGAGGAAAAAGCGGGGCGUUGCUCUUUUUUUUCUUUCUGUCCGCGUAACGAGAGUGACGAGCCACGUCUCGAGAUGCGAAUCUCGAAAAUCGAUGCUCGACGAGAACGAAACAAUCCCGGAGAUAUCCUACUUGUACAUAACCACUGGAUCCUCGUCCCUUCCUAUUUCUCGUCCUCGUUGUUUCCUAGAGAAUAAUAAAAAAAAAAAAAAAAAAACGAAUAACGGACCCUCGUGAUCGAUAAAGCGAGAGACGAAAAGCUGAAUAUAUCAUUCUGUGCCUCUUUGAACAUGUACUCCUUAGGAUUUAAACGACGCGCGACAAUUUAAGUAUGUAUUUUUAGUGUCCUUAUAAUAUUUCUGAAUAAAAACUGUAUGUACAAAAC